UUUGAAGUUUGAAAAAUAAGUACUUAAUUAAGUUAAGCGAACUCUUGUCCAAUUUAUGAAAAUGUCGGACAAUGAGUACGAGCGCUUUGAGAUAACAGACUAUGAUUUGGACAACGAGUUCAACAUAAAUAGGCCAAGGCGGCGGCAAACAAAGCAACAACAAAUUUAUGGGAUUUGGGCGGACGACAGUGACAAUGAGAGCGGCGAGGAAGCGAGCAGCAGUCGUCGCGGACGUCGUGGUCUGGGCGCUGGCACUAAGAAGUCCAAAGAUUAUACGGCGCCGGUUAGUUUUGUGGCCGGUGGCAUACAACAGGCCGGGAAGAAGAAGGAUAAGGACAAGCAGGGUACGGAGCGGACGGCGUCGGGCAGUGAUGAUGCGGGCAGUGGGAGCGACAGCAACGACGCACGACCCUCCUUUGGGCGUAAGCAGCCGCAGCUCAUGGACUUGGGGGAUAGCGCCAACUCCUCGGACAGUUCGGCGGACGAGGCGCGCUCAAAAUCGGCUGCAAAUGCCGCUCGACCCACCUCAAGUUUUAAACACAACUCACAUAUAGCUGGUAAUAGAAAUGUGGGCGCUUGGGAACAACACACGCGUGGUAUUGGUGCCAAGCUGCUCUUGCAAAUGGGCUACGAGCCGGGUAAAGGUUUGGGUAAGGAUCUGCAGGGUAUAUCUCAGCCAGUGCAGGCGCAUGUGCGUAAGGGACGGGGCGCUAUAGGCGCCUACGGACCCGAAACAGCAGCCAGUGUGGGCGGCAAGGCGAAACCGGCGCUCAAAAUCGACGAGGAUGUGCGCGAAGCGAAGGAGUUCAAGGAGCAGAUGAAUAAGUGGCGCAAGAGUGGAACCGAGACGCGUGAUAAGAAUGCGAAGCGCUACUAUUACAAAUCUGUGGAGGAAGUGAUAGCCAAGGGCAAGAAAUCGGAUCACUUGCUGUCAGAAAAGCUAAGUAAGAAGCUAGGAAAUGUGCCCGUCAUCGACAUGACGGGGCCAGAGCGUCGAGUACUCAGCGGCUACCAUGCAUUGGCACAGACAAAGGUGACUGUCGAUGAAACGCUAUACGAUGUCGAUGCUAACAAACCGGAACAGGCCGGCCCCACCACCGUCUUCAGCAUGCCCGAGCUGACACACAAUCUGCAGUUGCUGGUCAGCCAGUGCGAGCAGGAGAUCAUCGCCAUUGACAAGUCAGAGCGGGAGUGCACAGAUCGGCAGGAGGCUCUGGAGCAUGAGUACAAGAAGCUCCAAGAGAUUGUGCAGCUCGAACGCAAUCACAUGACAACGCUAGAAGCGGCGUUGGCGCGCGUCGAGGAGCUGAGCAGCGAUGAGGCAACUUUGACAUUGGCACGUGCCGAGCAUCUGUUUUUGGAGCUCCAACACGACUACGCCGCCGAAUACAAAGAGUUCGGUCUGGCCGACUUGGCAGCCGGUGUCAUAGCGCCGUUGGUGAAACAAGAGCUAUCCACAUGGCAGCCGCUCGUACAACCCACACAGCAUUUGGAGCUGAUCAAGAAAUGGCGGGGUAUAUUGCAACAAAAUGCGGAGACAGAACAACCACGCAAUGUCUUCGAUCCGUACUCCUCGCUCAUUUGGGCCGGCGUUAUUCCUUCAUUUCGUGCCUGCGCCGAAAAUUGGGCGCCCAAGCAACAUCAGCCAAUGGCUGCUCUCUUGGAUGCUUGGGCACCGCUCCUCCCUACCUGGGUGCUGGACUCGGUUCUCGAGCAGCUGAUAUUGCCGCGUCUAGCGGCUGGAGUACGCGAUUGGGACCCACUCACCGACACAGUGCCCAUACACAGCUGGGUUCUGCCUUGGCAUGCGAUACUGGGCCCCAAGCUAGAGGAGUCCAUCUAUGCCCAAAUACGCAGCAAGCUGGGCGUGGCACUUCAGGCUUGGUCGCCGCAGGAUCGCUCAGCGCGUGCGAUGCUCACGCCCUGGCAGGGCGCGUUCGCCGAGGAGGAGUUGCUUCACUUCCUGCUCCAGCACAUCAUUCCAAAACUGCAGGCAGUGCUCAGCGAGUUUGUCAUCAAUCCACUGCAGCAGAAUUUGGAGCUGUGGCAUCAGGUCUGGGAAUGGCAUGAGCUCAUACCGCCGAUGCAUAUGGCUCAGCUGCUGGACAAGUGCUUCUUCCCGCGAUGGAUGCAGGUGCUGGUCAUGUGGUUGAAUCAAUCGCCUGACUAUACAGAAAUUUCACGCUGGUAUACCGGCUGGAAGAACAUGUUUAGCGAAGCGCUGCUGCGAGAGCCCCCCGUCAAAGAGCACUUCCGCCGAGCACUGGAAAUGCUGCAUCGCGCCUCCGAUGCUUUGCUGAAUCCGGUACCGAUACCAGCUACGCCCCUCAUGACCAACAUGCCUGCAGCGACUCCUGUGCUGCUCACGCCCGUCAUGCUGGUGGAUGUGCAACCCGCUCAGCUGGAAUUCAAGGAGUUGGUGUCGCAAAAAUGCGCCGAACUGGGCAUCAUCUUCGCACCACUACCGGGUCGACGCGAAUUGGGCAAGCAGAUAUAUCGCGUGGGAAAACUGUUCUGCUAUAUCGAUCGAAAUGUCUGCAUGCUGAGCGAUGGAAGCUUCACAAAUUGGCAGCCAGUGGCUCUGAAUCAGCUGCUGGAUCGAGCACAGACUGGCCUGAUUUAGAAAAUAUUGUUUGAUACUAGUCCCCUCUAAAUAUAUGGCAUGCCAGGCUGGCACGUUUGCAAAGUC